GCUUGUUGGAGAACUAAAAUAGUCCCACAUAGCUUAACUCCUUAGCUUAACUCAUUGCCAAUUGGUUUUGAGUUGGAUGUUCAUAUUCUAACAGGGCUAGAUGCUCUGUGUCCCCGCCUCAUUGUACUAAAUCCCAAUAUAUUUGGUGGUGGUGAACUGUACUGAUAGGAUCCCAAUAUAAAUGCGAGUAGUAUUAGGUAGAACCUACUUACUACCUACCUAGUCAUUAUUACAUUUAAUCUCAUCUGUCAGAAGAUAUAUCAUACUUGAUCAUUUACAAAUGUUCACAACUUUAAUCAAUCCAGUCGAACUAGUAACAAUGGCUGCACAUAAUCUCCACUUUUUCAAGGUUUUGAUGCCUGGAUAUGAUCAAAAUUUGAUGAUACCAGUGGCUUCCAGUCCUGAAUUAAAAGAGCUCAAACUGAGCAAAAGGGACAAGGAAACGGCUUUGCUAAGAACAAGGAGGAGCAAGGAUACAUUAUGGAAAGUUGAUGUGUGUAGAAGGGAAGAAGAUAGUAAAUGGUGCUUCAGUGGAGAUAAUUGGAGAGAGUUUGUCAAAUUCCAUGACUUGAACGUUCAUGAGUUCUUAGUAUUUGAACACAAAGGCGACUUGCUUUUCAAUGUUUUUGUCUACGAUUCCGCUACUGAUGGUGAUGGUAUCAUCCGUGAGAAAGAAUUUCCGCCACCUACUCGUCGUGAUCACGUUCAAGAACAUGACCGGAGACGCGCAUCUGUUAGAGUUAAUCCUCGGAGAAGAUCAACAAGUAACACCAAGGCGUCAAAGAAUUCUACCUGUUCCCCUUGCUUCACCAGAACCAUGGCUGCAUCACACCUAAUUCCUAGCUGCCCUUAUUUGAACAUUCCUUGACAAUUUGUAAGGAGUAACAAUCUGGAAGAGCACUGUGGGAGUACAAUCAUCCUUAGAGAUCGUAAGCAAAACAAGGCGUGGCCCAUCAAACUUUGUAAUCCCAAGCACAUGUGUCUUCGUGAUGGUUGGAGUGAAUUUGCAGUGUCAAAUGAGUUAAAGUUGGGUGAUACCUGUCUAAUGGAGUUGGAUGAGACUGCAGGAAGGAAAAAAGGUCGCAUUAUCUUCGAUGUUCGAAUUUCAAGGAAUGAAAAUCAAUAGUAUAUGAAUGAUAUCUGCCUCUCCCAUAUUAUGAACUUGGUUAUUAAGUUGCUAAUGUAAGUGCCUACUUGAGAAGAAGUAUGUAAUCACUAAGCACACCAACUAGUAGCGUAUAGAUGUUUGCACAAUUAAUGGUAUUAUUAUUAUCUUUGAACAACAAAAACCUUAGCACUGUAUGAUAUCUGCUUACAAUAA